AUUGGUCUUUUAAAAUAAGCGCCUUAAUUAAGAAAACUGUCACUUGUUUAGCAGCAAAGGUAUCCACCAUAUCAUUGUUUUCACCUUCUUUGCAUUAUUUCCUUUUGUUGUUAUAAUAACGACAUUUCCAUAUUUCACUUCAUUUUGAUUGAUUAGUCAAUAGAUUUGAUUGAUUAAUUUCCAGCAUUUUUACCUUUUUGUAUUAUUAUAAUUUUUGAAAAUAUACCAAAUUUAUUUUUCUCCAUUUUUACAUUUUGAUUGCAAAAAUUAAUUACAAACUUGUUAUUGUCACAUAUUCACAUAUUCACAUUAUAAACUACAACAUAUACAUAUAUCAUGGAUGUUAAAGGAAGGUUAUUCCAUUGUGACGUAUGCAGUACCGACUGUUCCAACAGAAUACGAAUCAAAUGUGCCAUAUGUAACGAUUACGACCUUUGUGUACCCUGUUUUGCAGCGGGACUAACCACCGGCGACCACAAGCCAUGGCACGAUUAUCAGAUCAUUGAGCAAAACACGUAUCCUAUAUUUGAACGUGACUGGGGCGCCGAUGAAGAAUUGUUGUUGAUUCAAGGUUGUGAGACGUUUGGGUUGGGGAAUUGGGCCGAUAUUGCUGAUCAUAUCGGAAACAGAUCUAAGGAAGAAGUAGCCGCUCAUUAUUACAAGAUCUAUCUCGAGAGUAAGGAUUAUCCAUUGCCGGAGAUGAAUAAAGAUUUCCAUGACGUUACUCCGAUCCACUUUUUAGAAGAAAGAAAAGAAAGAUUGGCAUUGAGAAAGUCACAACCAUUGCCACCACCCAAGGGAAAGCCAGUUCCUUCUGUUCCUUUGUGUCACGAAAUUCAAGGUUAUAUGCCAGGUAGAUUGGAAUUUGAUCAUGAAGCCGAGAAUGAGGCAGAAGUGCCAAUCAAAGAUAUGAUUUUUGAUCCCGAAGAUCUGAUUAAUGAUAUAGAAUUGAAAUUGACGAUUUUAGACAUUUACAAUUCACGAUUAACCACCAGAGCUGAGCGCAAACGAGUUAUGAUUUUGAAUAACUUGUUAGAUUACAGAAAGAAUAUAAGCGCCGAUAAGAGGAAGCUGAAGGAAGAAAAGGAUUUACUUAAACGAAUUGAUGCAUAUAUUAGAAUAUUAUCACCGGAGGAUUUUGACACUUUUACAAGAGAUUUCUUGACUGAAUUGAAAUGUAGAAUUAGAAUACAACAAUUGCAAACCUGGAGAAGAAAUGGGAUCACUACUAUUGAAGAUGGAAAUAAAUUUGAAAAGGAUAAAUUGAUAAGGACGGCACAUUACCAAAGAAUGGGCAAUGGUACGUUAUCAAGCAGACACUCUGCUACACCGACUGUAAUGAAUGGUAGUAUCAGUGCCAGUAAUGGUUAUGGCAGUGGACGUAAACCGUACUCCAGUGCCAAUUCUCCUGCGCCAGAAUAUAAACCCAAGAUUUCUAAUAAUAGAGCUCCUUUGGAUAUUAGUCAUGCUGCAGACUUUGAUUUAUUAUCCAAUGAAGAAAAGCAAUUGUGCUCAACUUUGAGAAUCUUACCUAAACCAUAUUUGGCAAUCAAGAAUCAAUUGAUGAAAGAGGCGGUCAAAAAUAACGGUAUUUUGAAAAAGAAAGAUGCAAGACAAGCAUUAAAGAUUGAUGUUAACAAAGCAUCCAAAAUUUACGAAUUCUUCGUACAAAUGGGUUGGUGUUCCCAAGGUUAGGCAUCUAUUUUAUAGAGUAUAUAAACCUUUAAUCUAAAUAGAAUCAGUCAAAUUAACCAUUUGGUCAACCAUGAGUUUGAACUGGUUAACUUUUUUAGUUAAUUCCUCUUCUUUAUAUUCCAUUUCGCAUGCAAGGGAAUUCAUGGCUUCAUUGAUUUGUUGGAACCUUUUGUGAUAUUUAUAUCUAGCUAACAUCAAUUUAAGAGUUAUUUGGCCCUGUUCUUCCAUGUUGUGAAACCCAAGCUUGCACCAAUCUCUGAAUGAAGAGUGAAGUGAAAGUUGAUAUCGGUUGGCCAAUGAAAUCGAAUCUGGGGCUAUUUCACAACCUUCUACAG